AUGGCCUUUCACGAGGAAAUGUUCCUCUUCGUCAACACUGACGCUACCCAGAUGAAAAGCAAGACUAAGAAUCCCAUGGGUCAUCAGAUCCAGAGUCACGUUCAACGAGGCCUACGGAGAAAGUUACUACAGAAGCACGACGCAGCACUGCAUGAGAGUACCCACGGCGGCGUGGUAGCAAUCCAAAAGCCAACGGUCCUUGCAGCACCUCAAAUCCUGGAGGAAGACCUGAUAUAUGAGCUCCCUCCAGAGUAUGACAACACACUAUGGGAGCUGCCGGCUCUGAAAGGGUCGCCAAUAUCAGAGGCUAGCCUCAUCUUCGAUUCUUGUUCCGACCCUGAGGCCGAUCACAGCUCGUUCGGAACUUCAGCUUCAGUAGCAUACGCCCCAACCCAAAACGGCUCAUCGCAAUCAGCAGCGCCUAUACCGAUGCAAUGCUUCGAUCACUCCGAGACUCUAUCGAAGUACGUGCCAAUACUACUGCAAUGUUGGACGGAUCGCCUCCUACCGGAGAAAUUCCAUUUCGAUGCCAGAUGGGCAAGGCCAGGAACCGCACGACACGGAGCGAGGUCUUCAGCAGCACAUUUCUACUCAUUCCUGGCCUGCAUUGCCGUGCAGAUGAUUGUCAUUGGUGAAUCCAUCCCGGACAUUGAUCAGGUUGACUUUGCUUUGUGGCUGCAGGCUAGAGCGACGGAGUCUGUUCAAGCCAGCCUAGCCACGAGCCAGCCGAACAAGGAACUGGCGCGAGACAUACAACGCUUGACAACAAUAUCAUACCUCACAGACAGGCUCAAGGACGCCGAGCAACAUUUCGAGGCCAUGCUCACCGUGGCUACAAGUCUUGGCGGCAUCAAGACAUUCGACAGCUACUUCUUCGAGACCGAGAUCAUCACACAUUGGCAUGGCGCAUUGCGAACACUCAACACUCCCAGAAUCACUCUCUCCAACACAGUCGCGGAGCCUGAAGAGGUGGCUAUCUCGGCGCCCCUAGUCGAGCCUUCUGCACCAGUCAAGCAUCGAGAGCUCGCGCAAUGUUUCCAAGAAUUGUCAAAAGUGAUUAACUUCGUUCCCUACUUGGAAGAUGCACACUGUAAGUGGGCCAGCUCACAGUGUCUUUCGGUGGGCUACCAACUGCUGAGCGCACGGGUCAAAUUUUCAGAGGACCAAGCCUUUCGCAUCGCCCUCAUCUACUUCAUCGCCCUGAUCCGAUCGACAUUCUUGGACCGAAGUUGUGCUUCGAACUCUAUCCACCACUUGCGGAGAGCCUUGGAGGCUAGCACGCAGAAUUCGUGCCUGUAUCUCUGGCUCACAGUGAUUGGCAGUAUGGUUGCGCUCGGAACACAACACGAAGGCUGGUUCAUAGCCGAAGCAGCAAGAGCCUCGCAGUCAUUGCGUGUUGGCUCAUUGGCUGCGCUCGAAGCCCAUCUGGGUAAGACCUUGUAUCAGCACAUCCUGUUGAGAGACUCACUGCGUCAAUUGUGGCAACAUCGUUUGUUUCAGGCGGGCAGAUCUUCGCGGUAG